AUGGGUAGCAUCGCAACCGCCCCAGACGCAAUCCCGACUGUGGACAUCAGCGCCUUCAUUGCUGAUCCCGCAGGAGAAUCCGCCCUCAAUGUAGUGGAGGCUGUUCGCCACGCCUGCACGACUUACGGCUUCUUCUAUCUCGUGGGCCAUGGCGUCUCGCUGGAAGAACAGAACAAGGCCCUAGACUGUGCCAAACUCUUCUUCACUCUCCCCUUGGAGGAGAAAUUGGACGUUUCUCUGUCCAAGUCCCUUGGCAAGUCGCACCGUGGCUAUGAGGCGCCCGGAAUACAGACCCACAAGGACGGGCUGCUUCCAGACACCAAGGAGGCCUUCAUCAUCGGCGCAGAGGUGCCGGCCGAUCAUCCGGAUGCAGGGACUUUCUCCACUGGGCCCAACUUGUGGCCACAGUCCCUCCCGAAGGAAGCCUUUCAAGAUCCUAUCAUGGAGUAUCAGGGCAGGAUGCUCGACGUGGUCAAGAUCCUCCUUAAGAUUCUUGCGCGUGGCCUUCCGAAGGCAUGGGCGUGCCAGCCGGAUGUCUUUGACGAUCUUGCCGUCAACCCUUCCAUGCCCAUGAGGCUGCUGCACUAUGCACCCCAAGCGGUCAAGAAUGAGAAGCAGUUUGGAGUGGGCGAUCACACUGACUUUGGCUGCAUUGCCAUGUUGCUCCAGGAGCCGUCGCGCGAGGGCCUUCAAGUGUGGUACCCCCCGACCGAGACGUGGAUUCCGGUCCCGGUCAAGGAGGGCUCGUACGUGGUCAACAUUGGAGACAUGAUGCAGAAAUACAGUGCGGGAUACUAUCGCAGCGCCAGGCACCGCGUUGUGAACAGCACCGACGCACACAGGUACAGCGUUCCGUUCUUUCUGAACGGCCAGCUCAAGCUCAAGUGCAAGGCUCUGGACGGGUCGGGCGUGGAGACUGUCGUUGGCGAGCACAUCAGGCAGCGACUCAUUGAGACUAUGGGCGCCAGCGGCAGGGCUCUCAAGUGA